AUGGUCCUGGUUAUUGAUGAGUGUGCUAAUAUUUUAUGCUGUACUGUUAAAUCACUAAGAUGUUAUCUUAAUCAUCCUGAAAGUAAAAAAUUAAUUUUAAAAAAGCUUCAAGGUCGUAAGGUUGAAACGACAUAUACUGAUAAAAACGGAAUGAAAAGAAGUUUUAUUAUUGGUGGAUUAUCAAAGGAGGGUGCAAAUGUUAUACCAGCAUAUGGAAGACUUUCAAAACCUUUCAACAUUUCGGUGACGCAACAUUAUUAUGCAAAACAUCGUAUUCGACUUCAGAAUCCUUAUCUUCAGUGUAUUAUAGAACAAAUACCUAACAAAACUGAAUCAUUCAAUGAAAAUCGAUACUACCCUAUGGAGUUGCUUGAGCUUGUUAAAGAGGAAGAGAAUGAAGAAAAAAUUCCAAACUCAAAAGAAAAUGUCAAAGACACUGAGAAGCCUGCAAAUACUAAUUUAGGAUUAAUAAUUUUGGAAGAUGAUGAUGAAGAUUUUGAUCAAAAUAUGUUGGAACCAAGUUAUUACUGUAAUGGAUGGUGA